GUCUUCCGUACAAAUACAACGUUAGCGGGAUUUCCAGCAGUUGUCCCCGGUUCCUCCUGGACGGAUUUCUCGCGUCUCUCCGCACGUUUCGACACCGCGCAGAAGAUAAAGUCGUCGCCGGUCAGCUGCUGUUUGUUCUCUGGACGUUAACAUCGUCACACUUUGCCAACAUGCACGUGCUCAAGCGAGAUGGCCGCCAAGAGCGUGUCAUGUUCGAUAAGAUCACCUCUCGUAUCCAGAAGCUGUGCUACGGACUUAACUCUGACUUCGUGGAUCCGGCCCAGAUUACGAUGAAGGUGAUCCAGGGCCUGUAUAGUGGCGUCACCACCGUGGAGCUGGACACGCUGGCCGCCGAGAUCACCGCCACGCUCACCACUAAACACCCCGACUACGCCAUCCUCGCCGCGCGGAUCGCCGUCUCCAACCUACACAAGGAGACGAAGAAGGUGUUCAGCGACGUGAUGGAGGACCUGUAUAACUACGUCAACCCCUUAAAUAGACGCCACUCUCCCAUGAUCUCCAAGCAGACGCUCAACCUCGUUCUGGAGAACAAGGACCGCCUCAACUCGGCCAUCAUCUUCGACAGAGACUUCUCCUACAACUUCUUUGGCUUCAAGACCCUGGAGCGGUCCUACCUGUUGAAGAUCAACGGCAAAGUGGCCGAGCGGCCGCAGCACAUGCUCAUGAGGGUGUCCGUCGGGAUCCACGAAACGGACAUCGACGCGGCCAUCGAGACCUACAACCUGCUGUCGGAGAAGUGGUUCACCCACGCCUCUCCGACGCUCUUCAACGCGGGGACGAACCGGCCCCAGCUGUCCAGCUGCUUCCUGCUCGCCAUGAAAGACGACAGCAUCGAAGGCAUCUACGACACCUUGAAGCAAUGCGCCCUCAUCUCCAAGUCGGCCGGAGGCAUCGGUGUGGCCGUCAGCUGCAUCAGGUCAACGGGGAGCUACAUCGCCGGCACCAACGGCAACUCCAACGGGCUGGUCCCCAUGCUGAGGGUUUACAACAACACGGCGCGUUACGUGGACCAGGGCGGCAACAAGAGGCCCGGGGCCUUCGCCAUGUACUUGGAGCCCUGGCACUAUGACGUGUUUGACUUCCUGGAGCUGAAGAAGAACACGGGGAAGGAGGAGCAGAGAGCCAGAGACCUUUUCUACGGCAUGUGGAUCCCUGACCUGUUCAUGAAGCGAGUGGAGAGCAACCAAGACUGGUCUCUGAUGUGCCCCAACGAGUGCCCCGGGCUGGACGAGUGCUGGGGGGAGGAGUUUGACAAGCUCUACACCUCCUACGAGAAGGACGGGAGGUUCAAGCGCGUGGUGAAGGCGCAGCAGGUGUGGCACGCCAUCAUCGAGUCCCAGACAGAAACCGGCACCCCGUACAUGCUGUACAAAGACGCCUGCAACCGCAAGAGCAACCACCAGAAUCUGGGCACCAUCAAGUCCAGCAACCUGUGCACAGAGAUCAUCGAGUACACCAGCCACGACGAGGUGGCCGUCUGCAAUCUGGCCUCGAUCGCGCUCAACAUGUACGUCACCCCCGAGCAGACGUUUGACUUUCAGAAACUGGCGUCCGUGACCAAAGUCAUCGUCAAGAACUUGAACAAGAUCAUCGAGAUCAACUACUACCCGGUGCCCGAGGCCGAGAAGUCCAACAAGCGCCACAGGCCGAUCGGCAUCGGCGUCCAGGGUUUGGCGGACGCCUUCAUCCUCAUGCGUUACCCGUUCGAAAGCCCCGAAGCGCAGCUGCUGAACGUCCAGAUCUUUGAGACCAUCUACCACGCCGCCCUGGAGGCGAGCUGCGCGCUGGCCGAAGAGCUCGGCCCCUACGAGACGUACGCCGGCUGCCCCGUCAGCAAGGGCGUCCUGCAGUACGACAUGUGGGAGACGACGCCCACCGACCUGUGGGACUGGGAGGCGCUGAAGGAGAAGAUCGCCGCCCACGGCGUGAGGAACAGUCUGCUGCUGGCCCCGAUGCCCACGGCCUCCACCGCCCAGAUCCUGGGCAACAACGAGUCCAUCGAGCCCUACACCAGCAACAUCUACACCCGCAGGGUCCUCUCCGGAGAGUUUCAGAUCGUCAAUCCUCACCUGCUCAAAGACUUGACGGAGAAAGGACUGUGGAGCGAGAAGAUGAAGAACCAGCUGAUCGGCCACAACGGGUCCAUUCAGGAGAUCAAUGAGAUCCCAGAAGAUCUGAAGCAGCUCUAUAAAACCGUUUGGGAAAUCUCCCAGAAGACCAUACUCAAGAUGGCCGCCGACCGCGGCGCCUUCAUCGACCAGAGCCAGUCGCUGAACAUCCACAUCGCGGAGCCCAACUACGGCAAACUCACCAGUAUGCACUUCUACGGCUGGAAACAAGGUCUGAAGACGGGGAUGUACUACCUGAGGACCAAGCCUGCCGCCAACCCCAUCCAGUUCACCCUGAACAAGGAGCAGCUGAAGGAGACGCAGGAGGCGGCCCAGGCCACACAGGAGACCAAAGAGCGGAACAUUGCUGCCAUGGCGUGUUCUCUGGAGAACCGGGACGACUGCCUCAUGUGUGGAUCGUAGACGCGUCUCCUGCUGAAGCCUUCAGGGCGCUGUGUCAUGGCGCCUGUGUGUCUCUUUAUUCAAGUGUUCUGCUUAUGUCAAAUAUAUGGCAUGAAGUGCCUAAAAUGUAUUUGUUCAGAUAUAAAAUAACUUUGUAAUAAAAAUAAUUAAACUUUA